AUGCACCCCACCCUCCUACCUGAGCCGCCAGAGCUCAGCUCGCAUCCCGCCGACGCCCUCCAUGCCCCAGACUCCCCCACUACCUCACUCAUCACCUCGCUCCGGGACCAGCUUCGGCUCCUCUCGGACCAGUCCCAACAGCUCAAUACCAAGCUGGUCGAGUCGAUAUCACGGCACGCCGACCUGCUGGACCAGCAUGAGGCGCUUCAGUCGACUCAUGCGCAGCUGAACACCAAGGCGGAGGGGCUUGCGAAGGACAAGAGGCAGUGGGAAGAGAGCAUGAAAACGGGGCUGCUGGUGGAACGGGAUGCGAUCACGGGGGAGAUGCAAAGGUUGGCGGCGGGGUUGGUUGAGGAGGAAAGGAGACGAGGGAGUGCGGAGGAGAGGAGGAGAAAGGUUGAGGACGAGGUGGAUGAACUGGCUGCUACGCUCUUCGAUCAGGCCAAUACCAUGGUCGCGUCAGAACGGCAUGGCCGUAUCGAAGCGGAAGAACGGCUCAAAUCGACGGAAGACAACCUUGCAGCGGCAGAGGCGGCCAUGCGGGACAUGCAGCUCCACCUACAGUCGAUGCCGACUUCGACAGUCCCACCUCAGGCGGUCACGUCCCUGGCACCGAAGCGGAGAUACCUCGCGUCACAUCUACCAUACACCGAGUUCACCUCAUUCCUCACGCACCUUCGCUCACUUCGCCCGUUGAAGGAGAGCUCGAAGAGCAUCUUUCCUCCUCCACUCGUCUCGGCCCUGGUCACGCAGCCGCUACUCGCUCGUACGGUCAUCGAGGACCACGACCCGGCGCUCCGGCUGGAUGUUGCGCCCGAUCUCAGCUGGCUUUCACGCCGCGGGAUCAGCGCAGCCAUCAUUUCCGGCGAUCUUAUCAUCGAGCCCGUAUCCGCCAACACCGUCCUCUCCCAGACCACUACCCCGACUCACGAGCUCGGUUGUGCACUCUGCGGAAAGCCGGUCUUUCCUCAUUCGGCCGUGCCCCAAUCUCCAGCGGUAUCGCAAUUCGGCCCUCCACCCCUCCAUCCCACUCAGCGCAAUUCCAACUCCCGCUUCUCACUCAAACCAUUCUUCAACGCCCCUUCUCCCUCUUCCGCGCCCUCUCCUACCCAAUCGCCCGCCGCGUCACCCGGUCCCGCCGCUCAAUUACCUUCGGUCUACAUCUUCCGGGUCGUCCGGCCCGCAUCGGCGAGUACGGCCGACAAGGAGAAGGAGAAUACGGCCAAGAGCUAUCCCCUGUGCCGGACGGGAUGGUGUCUUGACAGAUUGCGCGCAACUUGCGAGCUCUGGCACUUUGUCCGGACAGGCAUCAUCCAUGUCGUUUGGCACGGGGAUGAUGGAUAUGUCCUACAGGCAGAAGUCGACGCCGCCGCUCAUACUGCAUCUGCAUCGAUCGCGGAGGGAUCUGCUGGUGGGUCGGUCACAGAGGCGGAAUCGAAGAGGAGCUCGACGGGAGAGGUACCCCCAGAGCUACCGAGGCGGAAGAGUGGAUGGGGCCUGGGAUUCAGAAUGGGCGAGAAGUCCAGUGCUACCACUGCAGCCACUGGCGGGGGCGGGUGGACAAAGGCGUUCCGGACGGGCGUAAGCGGGAGUCCGCCGGUCAGCCCCAGGCUGCCCCCACCGGGCGAGGAGAAGGAGAAUGACAUGACGAUCAAGGAGUCCAACGAGGGCGAGAAGCUGGGCGCCCCUCUUGAGCUGGAGAAUGAGAAAGUGGAAGAGCUGGCCCCUGGCCAGGUGGCCGAGAAGGAGAAGACCGCUGGGGAGGGGGCAGGAUCAUCUGGGACGCCGGAUUCGGUCGAUGAUGCGGCCACUUUCUCCACGCCACAGCAAGAGCAGUCCAGCUUCCCUGCCGUAGAGGACGUCAAGCCAGACGGGGAGGAGGAAGCUAAGGCAACACUUCCGAAGGUGGACGAGGUCACGCUCAACUCUCCCAAAACCGAUCUCGCUCCUGCCAGACCACCUCCACCGCCCAUUCCUCGCCGUGCGGCCGCUCGGAACCGCGCUUCCAUCGUCAUCGAUGGCCCUUCCCAAAACGGCACGCCGAGCGGGAGCGGCACCGCCACACCCGUCGAGCAGGAGAUCUCCGCACCUACCGUCACCGCGACUUCAAGCGACGAACCUCGCAAGUCGGCCGAAGCGGAACCCGUUUCUGAGCGCGGAACGACAAGCAUGGACGUUCCACCCCUCCCAGCUAAACAACCUCGUACGCCUACCAUCGCGACCCAUGCUCAGACGGAACGGGCGGAAGGAGAGAAGGUGUACUUGAAGGAAGAUGAUGACUCGUGGGAGGCGAGGACAUGGCGGCAGGUUGUCAAGCUCAAGGAGGGGAUGCAGCGGGCGAGGCUGGGGAUCAGUGAAGAGGAGAGCCGCUGA